AUCAAAUCCUAAUGCAGUGAAGCUUCAGUUCCGGGGAUUCUACAUCAAGAACAUUCCCUGGAACGAAUCCUACGCAACGGUCGGGUCCACGGAGUUCAACGGCCUCUGCUCCAAGAUCGAAUUCGGCAUGGUGUCGGUCCUGUCGGGCAGCAGCCAAAGGGCCUUCUACCAGAGGACCAUCUGCCUGGCCAACCGACAGGGCAGCGUCAUCUCCGACUUCAACAUGGAAUUCACCCAAGGCGUGAACCUGAGGAUGGUCCUAGACGACAUCGACGCCAAGGCGCUGAUGCCUGAUGGGACUUACCAAGCUGGGGAACUGCGAACUGACUACCUUCCCUCUGGGAGAACACUGACGACGACCAACAUUACCGGAGCGCCUGACAUCAUCAAAGUACAAUCGGACAGGGUAUCCCGUCUCAUGCUGCAAGUCUCUCUACCUUCUGUCGUCGGAGAUACUUCCCAGCGUCACCCGUUCGCACUCGGGCAGAUCGCCCGUCAUUCUCAUUCUGGCCGCUCAGAAGGGAGUCCCCUUCUGCCUGGAGUCACUCGUCUGGCUGGCAUUUUACAGUUGUGUGCUGCUUGUCCGGGAACUCCUGCAGUUGCU